CAUUCUUUUCUAAAAAGCAGCCAAUUAGCAUCCAGCGUCAUUGUUACUCGACGUACGUCAUCCAAUCAGUUAACAGCACGCUGGGUCACAUGACUCGCCGUUGAGCGCCCUCAUUCUGCUGUGAAGGGACGUAACCUCGGGUCCUGCGGGAGAAACUCCAAAACUUACGAAUCGCGCUGUCAGUGUCGCGUUUUCUCCCGUUCCAGCGCGUCAGAUAAGCGCCGCUCGGCCGCUUGACCUCGGGGAGAGCCCCGCGGAAGCGAUCGAUCAUGCCGGUCCGUACGGUCUGCUGUCAGGGCUCGCCGCUGGCCUGCUUGGCCUCGGCCUCUCUCGUUCCGCCCCCGCCGAUAAACACCCAGCAGCCCGGCGUCCACACCUCUCUGCUCUACAGCGGCUCCCAGUUCCGCGGCUACCAGAAGAGCAAAGGGAACUCCUAUGAUGUCGAGGUAGUUCUGCAGCACGUGACCAUGGAGGACUCGUACCUGUGUGGAUACCUCAAGAUCAAAGGUUUGACAGAGGAAUAUCCCACGCUUACUACAUUCUUCGCUGGGGAGAUCAUAAGCAAGAAACGGCCUUUUUUAACCAGGAAAUGGGACGCGGAUGAGGAUGUCGACCGAAAACACUGGGGGAAGUUUCAAGCAUUUUAUCAGUACGCAAAAAGCUUUAAUUCGGAUGACUUCGACUAUGAAGAACUACAGAACAGCGACUACGUCUUCAUGCGGUGGAAGGAACAGUUCCUAGUUCCAGAUCACACAAUCAAAGACAUCAGCGGUGCUUCCUUCGCCGGCUUCUACUACAUCUGUUUCCAGAAGUCUACAGCCACCAUAGAGGGCUACUACUACCACAGAAGCUCAGAAUGGUAUCAGUCUUUGAACCUCACACACGUCCCUGAACACAGCGCACCCAUCUACGAGUUCCGGUGACGCUGAAGUCCUGGAGGUGAAUCUACAGCGGACAGAGGAAGUGACAUGAGAGAACGAGAGGAACUGUCUAAUGAUCACGCCCAGGACUCGGCUGUCCUCUCCGCUCAGUGAAAGAAUAACCGGAGGAAUGAGGGAGGAAGGAACUCUUUCAGGAGACUCUCUACACGAGCCGAGCGAGCGAGUGGGAUUCGGGGAUUCGCAGCAGUGUUAGCGUUUUGUUUUUCCUUUUAUGUUUCUAUGUUUUUAACGCAUCUGUUUUCCGAUCAUCCUAGAAAACUAUUUUCGUUGCCCUGCCUGGAUGGAAGAGCCAAUGGGGAUAUUUUUCUCUUUUUUUUUUCGCCUUGUAAUUUGAUAAAAGAGCAUGGCCGAUCUAGAAGUUUUGAAAUCUGUUUUAAUUUAUUUUUAAUCGUUCUGUUUGAAAAGACUGUGAGCGGGACGCUGUAUGCAGACACUGGGACUUCUGUUGAAGACGUAUUAAAGAUACAGUGUGCGAUAUGAUGGAUAUGGAGAGUUGCUAUUGUCUGCGGCUUGCUUGGCCCCCAGACACUGUUUUUUUUUUAUUAACGUAAGGUGUAUCAUCAAAAGUCACAUAUAUAGCAGCUGGGUC